AUGAAACUCUCUUUUUCUCAUGUACGUACGUACAGUGUAGUACCUUCACUACCUAAACACGACGUCGUUUCUAACGUAAAUGUUACCAUGUCGAAUCGUCAGUGUCGAUGCGUACUUACUCUUCCUUCUCCUACAGUUUCUACUUCUCGAUCACCGGUUAUACCCAAACCGGAAAACUGGGAGAGUUUGUUGCUAAACCAAGAUCAAAAUUCCGGUGAAUUAUCAUCGUCUGGUUCGAAUAACCCGGUUAAGCUUGGCCGGAAAUGGAAAGAGUACCAAGGGCUUCAAAAUUGGGAAGGUCUUUUAGACCCAUUAGACGAAAAUCUCCGACGAGAGAUUCUCCGGUACGGUCAAUUCGUCGAAUCGGCUUAUCAAUCUUUCGAUUUCGAUCCUUCCUCUUCUACUUACGCGACAUGCCGGUUUCCGAGGAGCACUUUGUUAGACCGAUCCGGUUUACCGAAUUCCGGUUAUAGACUAACGAAGAAUCUCCGUGCCACGUCAGGUAUUAACUUGCCACGUUGGAUUGAAAAAGCGCCUAGCUGGAUGGCUACACAAUCCAGCUGGAUUGGUUACGUGGCAGUAUGUCAAGACAAGGAAGAGAUCUCACGGCUCGGACGUAGAGACGUCGUCAUCUCUUUCCGUGGAACCGCCACGUGUCUCGAAUGGUUAGAGAAUCUUCGCGCCACGUUAACUCAUCUCCCUGAUGGGCCUACUGGACCGUCUAACUCUGUGCCCAUGGUAGAAAGCGGAUUUUUAAGCCUGUACACUUCUGGGGCCCACAGUUUGAGAGAUAUGGUAAGAGAAGAGAUCUCGAGGCUACUACAAUCUUACGGCGACGAACCGUUAAGUUUAACGAUAACGGGACACAGCCUCGGCGCGGCGAUCGCGACAUUAGCGGCGUACGAUAUCAAAACGACGUUUAAACGUGCGCCGAUGGUAACCGUGAUAUCUUUCGGAGGUCCACGUGUCGGAAACAGAAGCUUCCGGAGAUUACUUGAGAAGCAAGGCACUAAGGUUUUGAGAAUCGUUAACUCUGACGACGUUAUAACGAAAGUUCCAGGAGUCGUUUUAGAGCAAGAAGAUAACGUGAAGAUGACGGCGUCAAUAAUGCCGAGCUGGAUACAGAGACGUGUGGAGGAAACGCCGUGGGCUUACGCGGAGGUAGGGAAAGAGUUACGGCUGAGCAGCCGUGACUCGCCGUACGUGAACAGCAUCAAUGUUGCCACGUGUCACGAGCUUAAGACGUAUCUACAUUUGGUAAACGGUUUCGUGAGCUCCACGUGUCCAUUCAGAGAAACGGCUCGAAGAGUCCUCCAUAGAUAA